CAAACAAGAACUCUCACGGCCUUACAGCACAAGACUGUCCUACACAAAACUCCGUCUUCCUGGGAUAUGAACGCUCUCGUCCUCACCUGUCUCCUGUGCUUGGUAGUCUACAGCGCUCUUGGUGCUCAGGGAUCUGAGGCCACGUUCACCACUGCACUAGCUGGUGGGACUGGGGGUCCUGCCUCCGGCGAGGGCCUCCCGAAUUCGAUGAGCUACGAUGAUGAGCUGGAUGUAGAACUGUCUGGAGGAGACAACGAAAAUUUCAGCCUUUCUGACGUACAUCCUGGUAAAGAUGACAAGAGGAAAAGAAGAGGCAAAGGCAAGAGGAACAAGCAGAGGAGCAGAGGCACGACUCCUUUCAACCCUGAACACACAUUCUUCACAAACGGACAUACAUCGACUCACCCGCUCACUCACAGCACCACAGAGGACCCCUGCACCUCCACCCACCUGGGCUACUGUAUUCAUGGUUACUGCAAGCACAUAGAGGGUCUGCAGGAGCCUGUGUGCAUAUGCAUGAAGGGUUACGAUGGUGAGCGCUGCGAGAUCCAGGCACUGGGGGCCACUUCCUACUCGGAUCAAACCAACACGGAGCUGGUGCAGACGGUCUUAGUGAUCAUCGCUGUCGUCCUGUCCGUCAUCAGCUGCUUGGCCAUCCUGCUCAUGACCUGUGCGCAUUACAGGUCACAUAAGAACUUCCUGGCAUCCUAUCUAGGAACUGGGUCUGAGCAGGAGAAGUUACAGAAGCCCAUGGCUGACGUUGUGGUGUGAGGGCAUCAGGUUACAUUAAGCGAGCUGUAGGAUCCAAAGACAACAUAGACAAAAGGAGUCCAAAGAGCUGAGGAAGAAGUAAUCGACUGCUUUAGUAGAUGCUUUGUAUUAAAAAAAACUGUCCUGAACUUGUUAGAAUGUAAUUUAUUUAGUGUAAUUAUUUAUUGCUAAAACUUUGAGAGUUUUAAUGUUGAACUGCUGUUAUGUUGUC